AUGACGAUUGUAUACGACGGUUGGUGUUCUGAAAGUGAAAAAAAAAUCAUAAAGACCCAGCAUGAAACUAUAAAAGUCCGUUGUAUCUAUGAAAAUCAGUUUAGUCGUUUGGAAUCAACAGUUAAAUAUCGAAUGAAAAUUGUUCGUCAUCAGCAGACAAAGGAAGCAAAGCUGAAGCAAUUAACAAUAGCUGAAUGCGCAUCAAAUAUUUAACAACUCAGUUCUUCGUAUGAGAAUCGACAGUAGAAACAGACCUGAAUCAACAUAAAUUCACGUCAUCAGAGCUCUCGACUAACGAGCAACAUCAAAUGGUGCUG